CAGCACCGUUACCGUCUCUCUCCUACCUUUCAUCUCUUCCCUUAACUCUCAUACCAAUGGCUAAAGUAAACCAAGAACUAGCUUUCAAGCUCUCAGACGGGACCUACCUCCCAUGGGUCGCUUGGGGAAACGGAACAGGCGACGCAAAGAAGACGGCGAUCGAGAGCGGGAAGAUUGCGCUGGAGGCUGGGAUCAGGCAUAUCGAUACGGCUCAGUUGUACGAGAACGAGAAGGAGACGGGUAUUGCGAUUGAGACGUCUAAGAUUCCUCGAGAGGAGGUUUAUGUUACGUCGAAACUAUCACCAAAGGCGGAUGACGGAAAGUACCCACCUGUGCCGCCGAGCGAAGUCAGAGAUUCGAUACAGGGGUCGUUGGACAGGCUGGGCUUCGUUCCUGAUCUAUACCUGAUUCACAGCCCCUUCGUUCCCGAGCCUGGGCAACUGAAGGCUGUAUGGAAGAUCCUCGAGGAUCUGAAGGACGAGGGCAAGUUGAAGAGUAUUGGCGUUAGUAACUUCAGACCUCAGGACCUUGAAGCUAUUUUGGAUGGUGCUAAGCACAAGCCAGUGGUUAACCAAUUGGAACUCCAUCCGUAUACCCUCGCGCACCUCGAGCCUCUCCUCGAGUUACAAGAGAAGCACGGUAUCCUGACGACUUCAUACGGCGCUCUUACACCCCUCCUUCGUCACCCCACCGGGGGUCCCCUCAAACCAGUCCUCUCAAAUAUCGCCGAGCGUCUGGCCAAGAAAUACAAUGCGCCUGACAUCGAUUCCUUGACUGUGCUGUUCCUGUGGGCUCGUGCUAAGAAGAUUGGCGUCGUUACUGCAAGCGGAAACGAGGAGAGGAUUAAGGGCCUUGCUAAGGUAUACCACAGUUCAUGGGAGUUGGAUCCGGAGGAUGUGGAAGAGAUUUCGCGGGUUGGGAAGACAAUUCAUUUCCGUCACUAUCGAGAACAUAUGGAGAAGGACUUCCCUCUCCCCAACCUUCCGAGCCAGUAA